CCACAUACAUAAUCCAACAUCCCCUGUACAAACGUCUUUCUGAGGAGGGAAGCGAUGUUGGUGGGGAACCGUUGAGCUAUGUCGGCCUAGUCUACCUAGUAAACAUCGCGACAUCAGUCCCCGCCUCAGAUUAUGACCUGUAACCCUACUCAACGGAAAAUAUACCAUUAUCUCUAGAAACGUAUCGCUGUAGGUUGGAGCUACCCCCGUCUUGGAGACUUACGGUGUAUGCACUCGUGCCCGUUUGGGAUGGGCAGCCACGAAUUCAGUAAGCUCUGCAUGAAUGAAGGCCAAAGCAUGGAAGUACGCUAUUGCUAUGCUCUGGUUCUAAUAUUAAGCUCAAAGGCCUAGCUGCCAGAUCCAACUAGAUGAGCCUACCUAGUUUUCCUCAGUCUAUAAUUCUUUAACAGCUUCAUAUACCCGCCGAGUUCGAAAAAUGUCGGAGUUAACGCUUCCCACGGUCCCAGAGGAGGUCACGGCUUCGUGGCUGGCCGAAGUGCUAGGGACUAAAGUGAAAUCGAUCAAUAUCAAGAAGACGGUAGCUGGAACCGCUAGCAAGAUCUACGUUACCGUUGAAUACGAGGAUGCAGACUCCGACAAGACGACGCCGAGACCAACCGAUCUCUGCAUCAAGGGCGGCUUCAACCCCGCCUUUAUCCAACAGGUGCCCUGGGUCGUCAUGAUUUAUCAACGCGAGGUUGAGUUUUUCAACCGAGUGGCUCCGUCGCUCGAUCACAUGGAGCUCCCCAAGUCCUGGUGGGCCGGCCAGAAUGCCAAGCAAGGCAUAGUGAUUAUGGACGACCUCGCCGCCCAGGGGUGCGAUUUCGGUAAUCCCGCUGAAGAUUGGCCAGUUUCGCGGGUCCGCGCCGGUAUCGAGCAGCUCGCCGCCCUGCACGCCAAGACGUGGAACGUCAAGCCCGAGGACUACCCUUGGCUCACCUCGGACUACGACCAGGCCAUCCUCACGUUGAUGAAAACCUACGACGCCGUCGUCAAGAGCGAGGGCCGGCCAGAAGUCCACGAAUACCUCAAGGACCAAGAACGGGUCACGGCCGUCCUGAAGAAGCACUACGCCUCGAGAAACCCCAAGUUCCGGUGCUUGCUGCACGGAGACGCACACGGUGGCAACACGUACCUCGACAAGGGCGCCCCCAGGUGGCUCGAUUGGCAGAUGAUCCAUAUCGGAUCGGCCUUCCACGACGUGUCCUACUUCAUCGCCGGCGCGCUCAGCAUCGAGGACAGGAGAGCCCACGAGUGGGAGCUCGUCGACCACUACCUCGCCACCAUAGCCAAGUUCGGCACCCCGACCUUCUCGAGCAAGGAUGAGGACGUCGCGACGGAGUACAAGAAGUCGUUCCUCGCUGGCAUAGGCUGGAUUAUGUGCCCCUACGAGAUGCAGUCUAAGGAAUGCGUCCACGCCAUGGCUGUACGGUACGCCGCGGCGUUAGACGACCACAAGGUCCUCGAGCUCCUCGAGUCGUUGCCUUGAUAGCCACUAGACGAUCCGGGGGCACAGCACAGCUCGUUUUUCUCACACGACGUACGUAGAAUAAUGGUACCGAAAGCAUAAACUGGCCCGCCCGUUGGAAUUGGGAUCCAUGUGAUAGAAACGCGUCUGUGGGGAUUAAGUUAGAUUACUAAUCAAAAGAAUUACAUAUUCAA